CAUGUUGCCAUGCCGUAAAAUAUUUUGUACGACCUGCCAGUGAAGAGAGACAGAAGGCCUUAAAGCUUAUAAAUUUAUAGACGAUGAAAGUAGGGUUGUCAAAACGCUCUUUCUUUUUGUAGACAGUAUUGUAGUCCUUCUCACAAUGAUCAUAGAAAAUGUUGAAGCCUUGAAAUCGUGGCUGGCAAAGCUCCUGGAGCCGAUAUGUGAUGCUGACCCCUCUGCAUUAGCCAACUAUGUAGUUGCUCUUGUGAAGAAGGACAAACCAGAGAAGGAACUGAAAGCACUUUGUGCUGAUCAGCUUGAUGUCUUCCUACAAAAAGAGACGGUGGGAUUUGUUGAUAAACUUUUUGAAUGUUUGACGACCAAGAACUACCUGGGAAAUCCUGCUGCCAAGGAAACUCCCAAAGAGGAGAUUAAACCGCCUGCAGUCAAGGCUGAUGUUGUUGAGGCUGAAACACCCGAGGAAGAGAGAGAGAACAGGCGAAGGAGAAGUCCUCUGAGAAAUCGCCCUGACUUCAAUGAGUCCAGGAACCGCGAUGAUAGGAGGCGAGACGAGCGCAAGCGCCGUGACUUUGAUCGGCACGGGAAAAGCGGCAGCGACUCCCACCGGGAGCGUGAGCGCCACGAGCGUCGCAGGGGCAGCCCCCGCGGGAGAAGCUACAGCCGGAGCAGGAGCCGCAGCCGGAGCAGGAGUGGCAGUCGUGGAAAGAGCAGGGAUAGGGAGCACAGAGGAGGCAGAGACUUCAAGUCAAAGUUCGAGGCAGAAAGGAAGGACACUGACGGAUACAACUCUUCCACCACAUCCGGCUCUCAGCAGCAGCAGCAGCAGCAGCAGCAGCACCCGCCGCCUCUCCUGCCCUUACACCCACCUCUGCAUCCCUUUUCCUCUUCUUCCUCAUCUUCAGGAGCUGGGGGUGUACCGGUAGCAACACUGGCUCACUUGCCCGACAGCACUACAGACAGCUGGUCUGGCUACUACGGAACGAGGCAAGAUGGUGUUUGCAAACCUUUCAGCAAGACUGCUUCACUCAAACAGCGCUGCAGGGAUUACGAUGAAAAAGGAUUUUGUGUCCGUGGUGACCAUUGUCUCUAUGAUCACGGCAGUGACCCCCUCAUAGUCGACGAUGUCAAUCUACCAAAUAUUAUUCCGUUCCCACCCCCACCUAUUCUGCCACCCGCCGGGCUGCCCAUGCCCCCCAUCACUGAACCACCUCCCUCCCUCAGGAUGCCUUCUAUGCCACCCUAUGGCCAGCCACCACCACCCGGGGUUUUCCCUAUGACAGGACCCCCACUGAUAGCAACCAGUGGGAUUGAUACCCCCAACCACCAAUCUGCAAUCACUUCUUCUCCUCCCGUCGGACCGCCUGGUGUGGGCCUACCUCCUACACUUCCUCCUCCUCCUCCACCUCCUUCCUCGACCUCAUCUGUGUCUCUUCGUCCCCAAUAUGUCCAGUCUGAAUACAACUACGAUCCAGAAGGCUACAACCCAGAAUCUCCAGGCCUGACUGUAGCAGGACGUAACCCAUAUCGUCAGUUUAUUCCUCGGGUGCAGACUCAACGCUCCAACCUCAUCGGCCUCACCUCCAGUGAAGGUCAAGGCUCCAGAGCUGCCAACAUAGUGAUCCAGACAGAGCCAGCUACUGCACCCAGCACUCCUGGAAGUAACGUGUCCCGUUUCAACACAGAGCAGGACAGCAGGAAGAGGACCAUGGGACCCAGUACAGCUGAAGGGCCAGCACCUAAAAAACCCUGGAUGGAAAAGCCGAGCUUCAACAACCAGCAUAAGGGUGCUUUUCCCAAGAGGAAUCAUUAUGUGAACACAAAGUUGGAGGUGCGCAAGAUCCCGCGCGAACUCAACAACAUCACCAAACUCAACGAGCAUUUCAGCAAGUUUGGAACCAUCGUCAAUAUACAGGUUGUGUUUGGCGGAGACCCAGAGGCGGCAUUGAUCCAGUACACAAAGAAUGAAGAAGCCAGACGAGCCAUAUCCAGCACAGAAGCGGUCCUCAACAACCGCUUUAUCCGCGUGUACUGGCACCGCGAGCUUGGUGCCAAUGCCACAGGCCUUCAGCAGCAGGAGCAGAGCUCAGGGAGCCAGGUGGCCGGGUCAGCACCCAACCAGGGGCUGCAGCACAGCAACAUGCAUAAAGGGAUCAAGCAGCACAAUCCAGCUGCUUAUGUGUUGAACAAGACUGUACCCAAGCAUCACCUGUCUGCAGCAACUGGGGCCACGGCUAAUGCCAAGUCGGACAACCUGAAUCCAAACACGGACACGGCUGCUGUGGUGCCUGCUCCUACAAACACCCAGAAGGGCCCCUACACUUCCACAGCCACCAAGUCUUCCUCAAAGAGCCUUGGGAAAACGGGAAAAGCACUGGAAGCACAGGAAGCUCUCAAGAAAAAGCAGGAGGCACUAAAACUCCAGCAAGACAUGAGAAAGAAGAAGCAGGAGAUGUUAGAGACACAGAUUGAGUGUCAGAAAGCGUUGAUAAGUCGGCUGGAGAAAAACCGAGGCAUGAAACCUGAAGAGAGGGCCAACAUCAUGAAAACGCUGAAAGAACUAACGGGAAAGAUCACCCAGCUCCAGAAUGAAAUGAACCCUGCCUUCCAGGUCUCAAGCGCCAAAACUAACCACAGCCAGCCCAAAACCAAGACUGAUGCCCAGAAGGAGCUGCUAGAUGCUGAGCUGGACUUUCACAAGAAGAUGAGCUCUGGAGAGGAUACAACAGACCUCAAAAGAAAACUGGGGCAGCUACAGGUGGAGGCAACACGUUUGGGUUUGAUCCGGCCUCCAGCAGGUCGAGGUCGCGGCCGAGGAAAGCUGGGCCCAGAUCCUGGUGCGAUGCACGUGGGCCGCGGCCGGAGUCGAAACCGGGAAAUGAUGGCGCGCGGCGGGACUGUGAACCGUAUGGUGGUUGAUCACAGACCCAGAGCCCUGGCUAUUUUAGGGGUCACUCAGGAGGAAAAAGAAGAGCUAAUGCCGCACUUUGUGAAAUUUGGCGAAAUCGAGGAUCUCCGUGACCAAGACGCCAACAGUGUCGUCAUGACCUUUAAGACACGGAGUGAAGCAGAGAAUGCAGCAAACCAGGGAGCUAAGUUCAAAGGUCGUGUUCUGCAGAUUUCCUGGUAUAAGCCCAAGACACCCUCUGUUACAACAGAGCCAGAGGAAGAGGAGGCUAAAGAUGAGGACAAUGCGAAGGAAGCUAGCUCUUAUUUACCUGGGGAGGAAGAGGAAGAAGAGGAGGAGGAAGAAGAUGACGAUGAAGACGAUGAGUACGAGAGUCGAUCUUGGAGGCGAUAAUGACAUUGGUCAUUAUCAUUAACCGCUCUCCAGCAGAAUCAGUGGCCCCCCACUCCCACUCCCAUGCAGAUUAAAACUGAUGUAAAGGAACUCACAUUUUUUUUUUCCCUUUCCAGUAUUUUCAAAGUAAUUUUAGACUCUAAUCAAAGUAAAAGAAAAAAAACGUCUUUACUUUAUUGUACAUGAAAAGAAGUGUAGAUGGUCAACAGUUUUUUGUAUCCCUCAACUAAACAGUUGUUUAAAACAUCUCACUUUUGCUGAGAAAGAUACAUGUUUAGUUGUUCUUAUAGCUAGAAAAACUUAUGUAAGUUUCUGUGUGCUUACCAGAUGAACAAUAUCAGUAAUGCACAACAUUUGUGUCGACUGUGAAUAGGUAUUUUUAUACAUACUGUAUUUAAGCUCUUUUUCUCACCAGUUUUUGUAGAAUCUUGUCCUCUGUUCAGGGACAGCCAUUCCAUCACCAACAGAACGUUCUCUGCCGCUACCACAGAGAAAUUUAUUUAUUCUUUUUCCCCACUGCAUAAAUGCACUGUGCCGUACCGAUAUUGGCAAAGUAUAGUACAGUUUUCAGUUCCUUUUGAUGUGGUAAAGCCCAACGUGUUAAAGGAUUGCAUCUUUCUUUUUCCCUAAAUGUGUGCUGGUAUGAAUAUUUGCCAGUGCACAUGCAUGUUGGUGUUCCUAAUAAACAGACAGACCCAUAGAGAUGCUGUACCAUGGCCAUACAGCCAGUGCAGGUACAGUAGGAUACCAGUGCAAUAGAAAAACACAAUCAAUGUUUACAAACUUCCAUGCACUUCACAUACAGUCAUGUAGUCAUGUUCGGAAAAGAAAUCGCCCCCCCACACUUGUAUUUUGUUGCUCACUCAGUUGUCUAGUGCCACUCUGUGUAAAUACACACCCAAACACAUGUUGUCAUGUUCAUCUGCUAAGAGUGCGUAACAUUUUCACUUGUUUUCUUCUGUCACUUGGUCAUUGAGAGGCCCUGACGGGACAAAGAUCAGAUCACCCAUUUCAAAAAUGUGAGAUCCAUAGACAGGUGUUUGAAUGUAAUGCUUCAAAAGAAAAAAAAAAAAAGAAUAUAUAAAUAAUUUCUUUGCCUUACACAGUCAGCGGAUUGCUGAGUUUUUACAGGACAUGUGAUUUACUUUUGUAAAUUUUGUAAAUGCUUGAAAGAGAAAUUACUGUUCUUUUUUUUUUUUCUUUUUUUUCUCUAAGUUUAAUACUUUUUUUUUGGUUUUAACGAAUGAUGAGGUUGUAUCAGGUAGAAAAUGUUGAGCAAGAGAGCUUAGCAUCUCUGCUUUAGUCGCACGAAUUUUGUAUUUUCAGUUCAACCAGUUCAAAUUGUUAUUUGACUAAACUUGUCAUUUAAGUAGGUUUUUGUUUGUUUGUUUCUUUAAGAAAUAUAAGAGCUGCUCCGAGCUGUGGAAAACACUCUGAAAGACACUGAGUCAUGCCCGUAACAACAUUGAUUUAGCUUAAGUGCAGCUUUGCCUCUAUCUGAAUAUUGUCAAACUGUGCUCCGAAGCCACUCUGUGAGUAAAACCACAGUGUGUGAGUUCAUGAUAAAUAUUUUUAUUUUCUGUUUUGCCUUUUUUUUUUUCCCAUAUACUGUAUUUUAGAAUCCUCAAGGUGGGAGGAAUCAAAACCAUUAAAACUCACAUACAAAUGUAUUUGGUUAAAGAAUUAAUCCUGUUGCUUCCCUUCCACCAGAUACGUUUACAUGCAGCUUAAUGAAGUUUUGUUUGAUUUGUGCUUUUCGUAACUCAGCUAAACUGAUCAUAUCCAGUUUGAAUGAAGCAGCAUAGGAGAAGAAAGACUUUAACUUAUUACUGUGCAGACUUUACACAAGACAUGCGUGUAGAAAUGUGCACAUAUAUAUAGUAAUAUGCACAUUUUGGCCUGCAUGGUCAUAUAUUGUCAGUGAUUACAAUUGGUUUUCUUUGCUCCCUAAUGCACGCUGGCACCGCAUCUAAAAGGGUGCAGAUCUUCCUCCCACCUACAACGUUGGUAGUGCUCUUGUGUGGCUUGCAUAUCUGACUGUUGACUGAUACUCAGAAGCCUCCUGCCAGCGACCUCAUUGUCCCAAAGCUGAUGUUUUUACCUCCAGCAUUAGCGUCAGAAUGAUGUGUGUGUGAGAGAUGAGAGGCUGUUGCUUUUCCCUUUGUACUUCAUUAUGAUUUUCUCAUGUGAUGGGUUUUUUUUUAAUUAUUUUAAUUUAAUGAGGUCACUGGCAGGUUGAAGGGAUAAACCUAUACUGGCGAGGUUCUUGCUUUGUGCAAGUGAGGAUUCAGAGAAGGUCUCCCACUUUUUGUACUAUCACACAAUGGUGUAAAAAAUGUAAAGUGUUUAUUGGAUAAUAGUUUUGGAUUUGUUACUGUUUAUAUUUGCAGGAUGUGGAUGUAUUUUCUUCAUGUAUUUUGUUUGUAAAAAUGGAUUUCUAAUUUACUAGCAUGUUUGCUUUUGCCAAUAAAGAUGGAGGAAUUGGGUGCUUAUAAGGCCAUAAAAAAAGAAGAGGGGAAAAAAACAGAAAACAUACCAUGAAUAUAAAUUGGAUCUUGGAGGAAAAAGAAAAGUUAAAGAAAAUGAAAACAUGUCGGCAUUGGCAAGGGGGGAAAAAAAAUUUCUAGGCAAAAGCAUUCCAGAAAAUAUAAACCUA